AUGGUCGAGUCCGAUAACAGAAACAAGGAAUCUGAGAUUCGAUACGACGAUGUCAACUUCACCGUCGCCCGAUUGGGAGCUCCAUCAUUGCCGGGUUCUAUCAGGGGCACAAGAAGAAUGCGAAGUCCGUUGAAUUCCAGCACACUUAACCGGACGGCGAAGGUGGACGGGAAAACGUACUUUCGGAUGAAUUUUACGAUGUUGGUGAAGUACAGGAUCAUGUUCUUUUACACCGCGCAACACAGAUUAUGGGGAGGAGCUAAUGUCACCGUUAAUGAUGCCGGCUUGAAAGAUGAGAAAGAUGAUAUCAGACUCGGACACUCUCUUCCAGUGAUCGAGUCUGGCGCAACCCCGCUCACUACCGGAUGCCAUCGUAUGCUUCUGCUUCUGGGUCUUCUUGUCCAUUUUGCACUUUUAGGUUUGUCUCUCUAA